GUAACUCAGUGCAGCAAAGUCAGAGGCAGGUUAAGUAAAGCAGAAAGCAGCAAAGGGAUGGAAGAGGGACAGAAGGGAAGGCUAGAGGCUGCCGGAGGGUAGCAAAUAGAAGUGUAAGUUCAUACAAAUACAUGCAGAUGUAUGUAUGUUAUCUGCCAAAACACAGAAGAUUACUCGGAGGAACACAGCAUCCUUUGGCAAGGCAGAGAAGACAUCUGAGCUCCUAGCACUAGCAGCAUCGGCAGCCAGAAUGACUGCAGAAAAAGAGCCUCUCUGUUUGCACUGAGCAACUACACAAUCCAGCCUAUGGAGGGAAGAGUAUAACCGCAGACAGACCUCCUCUUACAGAAUCAGGGCUGGUAUAGGGGAAAACUCCUGCCAGAUUGUAGAGAAGAAAGAUACAAGGGGAAAAUGGUAGGACGCAUGGUUCAAUGACCAGAACUGAGCAGAGUUGAGCCCAGUAAAACCUCCUCCCAAGCCCUCCCUCUACCUGGCUAGCAUCUAUAUAGUUCAGGUGGCUUACUGGAUGGGACCCGGUGGUCCUGAAGAAAGUUGCAUCCAUGUCUAAGGGAGGGGAGGUUGCAUAUAUCCCAGAUGAUUCUGAUUUUAGCAGUUUCCGGCAUCAGUGUGAGAGCCAGGAAGGCUGGAGCAGACAGUACAACAAAGGAGGAGUGACAGUAUGGAGCCAGGUGCAGGAGGAGAAUGCAACUGUCCAGAAAAUCAAGAUGCAGAUCACUUGCAAGGAUGUGGCUCCUGAGACAUUGUAUGAUGUUCUACAUGAUACCCAUUACCGCAAGAAAUGGGACUCCAACAUGAUUGAGACCUAUGACAUUGGACGCCUGACUGUCAACGCAGAUGUGGGAUACUACUCCUGGAGGUGUCCAAGUCCUCUGAAGAAUAGGGACUUUGUUACAUUACGCUCCUGGCUACCUCUCGGCAAUGACUACAUGAUCAUCAACUACAGCGUCAAACAUCCAAAGCAUCCGCCCCGGAAGGACUUUGUGAGAGCCAUAUCCCUGCAGACAGGCUACCUGAUCAAAGCAACAGGCAACAAGGGCUGUAUUCUUUACUACCUUACUCAAGUGGACCCUCGAGGUUCAUUACCAAAGUGGGUGGUGAAUAAAGUCUCGCAGUAUGUGGCACCAAAGGCCAUGAAGAAGAUCUACAAGGCUGGGCUAAAGUACGCAGAAUGGAAACAGAGGCACGAACCUGGCUUUAAGCCAUGGAUGUAUCCAGAACAGAAUACUUUGCCCAACAUCAGCUUAGCUGAGCUUUCCCUGCAGCAUGCUGAGUCACUGGAAAACAUUGAUGAGAGUGGUGUGAGUGAGGACAGGACGCGCAUCAGUGACGAAGAGGCCUAAGACCACCUACCAUUCUCUGGAUGGGCAGCUUAUCCUCCUCCUGUGGUCUGGAUCUGGUCCUUCCACCAGCCAAAACACCGCAGUCCUCGCAGCAACGCUCCACACAUACAGCUCUCGGCUCUCUAUUUAUUCCAAGAUCGAUACACACACACAAAUGUGUAUACAUAUCAGGGUGCACUGUUGCUUGUAAGCAAUACAAUCUGUUUUGAGGGCUACAGAUUAAAAGAAAAAAAAAUGUCCAAAUUA